GGUAUCUCUGGUCUGGGCAUUAGUGCUCAGCCCCUCAGAGGCCACACUGGACCUUCAGGAGCCAAGAGGAAGGAGACCUUGAAACAGAAGUGAGAGGGAUAUUGGAUGCCCAGAGAUCUUCCUGGAGAUGGUGACAGGCCCUGGUGAUGUCACAUGGGAAUCUGCUCCUGUUACUGUCCCUGCUGAAAAGAAACAGAGUGUAAACUCUGGAAGCUCGAAGCUGAUUGAACUCUUCAGCCUUCUGCUGUUCCCAGAUCAAGCUCUUCUGCUGAGCUCAGCCCUGGGAGGACCACAGAGCAGGGAUGGGAAAUCUCCAUGCCAAGGGAUGCACGUGACAUUCAGAAAGGCCUUGGCAUUGCCAAUGGAUGAACUAGUGCAUGACUUGGCCUCAGCCUUAGAGCAGACUUCAGAGCAAAACAAGCUGGAUGAGCUAUGGGAAGAAAUGGCCCUAAGCCCACGGCAGCAGCGACGCCAGCUUCGCAAGAGACGGGGUCGCAAACGACGCUCAGACUUCACGCAUCAGGCAGAGCAUGCCUGCUGCUACAGUGAGGCCUCGGAGUCGAGCUUGGAUGAAGCUGUGAAGGAUUGCCGUGAGGUGCUGACAGCCAAUUUCAGUGACUCUGAUGACACGGCAGCAGUCAAACGACAUCCAGCUCUCAGUGCCACCCUGAGGAGCAAGCAACAUUCAUGGCAUGAGUCAGACUCCUUUACAGAGAAUGCACCCUGCCGGCCUCUCAGGCGCCGCCGGAAAGUCAAACGUGUGACAUCAGAGGUGGCUGCCAGUCUCCAGCAAAAGCUCAGGGUGUCAGAGUGGAACUAUGAGAGGGGCUGCAGGUUCAAGUCAGCAAAGAAACAACGUCUUUCGCGCUGGAAGGAAAAUGCCCCGUGGACAUCAUCCACUCAUGGCCUUUGUGAAUCGGGAGAGAACAGACCCUUCCUCAGCAAGGGGGGAAGGAAGGAGCAGAUGGAAUGCGAAGCUGAUGAACAGAAGCAGGGCUCAGAUGAAAAUAUGUCUGAAUGUGAAACCAGCAGUGUAUGCAGCAGCAGUGAUACUGGUCUAUUUACCAAUGAUGAGGGUCGCCAAGGAGAUGAUGAGCAGAGUGAUUGGUUUUAUGAAGGAGAAUGUGUCCCAGGAUUCACUGUUCCCAACCUUCUUCCCAAGUGGGGAGCUGACCACCGAUCUGAAGUGGAACGGAUUGACUCGGGCCUAGACAAGCUCUCAGAUUCCACAUUUCUCUUGCCCUCACGACCAGCUCAAAGAGGAUUUCACGCUCGCCUGAACCGCCUUCCAGGAGCUGCUGCCCGCUGUCUUCGAAAAGGUCGAAGGAGGCUUGUUGGCAAGGAGACCUCGAUCAGCACUGUGGGCACCGAGAGGCUAGGUCACAUUGUUAGUGAUCCACGCCAGAAAGAAAAGAACAAAAUGCUGGCUUCUGAUUUCCCUCACACCGUGGCCUUUGCACUUGAGCUCAAUCCGUUAUCUCCUCUGUACUCUCUGGAUGUGCUUGCUGAUGCUUCCCACCGAAGAUGCUCACCAGCACACUGCACUGCCAGGCAAGCAAAUGUACACCUGGGACCACCGUGCUCAAGGGACAUCAAGAGGAAACGAAAGCCAGCUGCAGCCUCCAUGUCCAGCCCAACGUCAGCAACUUUAUCUGUGCACAUGGAUGCUGCAGAGUCAGACCUACCAGCAACACCGCCAUCCCCGAGAUCCCAGAACCCUGAGUGGACAGGGAAAAUACCAGCAGCUGAGAAAGCCACAAUUGCUGCCUCCACUAACUUUUUUAAAAUGCCGCCAGAGAAGAGCCCCGGAUACAGCCAAAAGGAAGCAUUGCAACUGUAAAAGCUUGCUGGAUUUUGGAAGUGUUUGACUCUGGUGUUUGCCUCCACCAAACAUCUUGUUUGGCAAUAGAGAUACCCUCAGUACUGGCGUGUGAUGUGUGCCAUUAUCCAGACAGACCUGCGUGCCCCACAAAUCUAAUUCAUGUUUGUGAAUCUGUGUUUAAAAACAGGUAACAAGUGUUGGGACUGCAGUGACUUUUUAAAAUGUUCCUGCUAUUGCUGUAUUUAUUAUGUGUUCAUCUCCUUACCUGAUGCCAAUUCAUACAUGCUGGAUUGUGUACAGAAUCGUCUGGGUUUUCAGAUCUUGGAUCUUUGUUCGCUCUGUGGGCAUGUUGCUUCUUUGCUGCAUUUGGCAUUUUCUGGGUGAAAGUUCCCACUGCCACUCAAGGAGGCAAAAGUCACCCUCUACUUUCUUCUAGGCCAGGAGGAUUUCUUGGCUGGGUAAUUAGAAUGAUAACAGGUUGAAAUAUGUAAGCUGAAUUCUGUAUUUGCAGAAUGUUUUCAGGCCAUGCGUAUGAACUUGAACCUUGUUUCUUCUAAUGAAACAAUUACAGUGCAUGUCAAUUCAGAAAUUGCCAUUGGCCUACUAGCAGCAUGGUCCCUUACACCUUUUCCUUCUCUCUUGUUCUAAAUGUCUUCCGUCUUGCUUGUGUAUUGCAUGUUCUUUCCUAAAUUUCCUGGACAAGGAUUUGGGAGAACCAGUUGGACAUAAAUGUGCAAGCUGAUGUCAUGGAAAGGAACUUGGACCCUUGAACAUCCUUGAAGUAUGUUAAGAGGAUAUACCAAACUUCUCUUUCUCAGUGUUCAACUUCAAAAGUGACUGUCCGCAUUUCCCAGCACAUUUUCCACUGAAGUUAACAGGUAGCUGAAUGAAAAACAUUUAAAGUAUCACUCGUGUUCAGAGCACUUUUGGCAUUGAUCAGACUGCAAACCAUGUCACGUUCUCUCUCCCUUCAAAAAGUAUUGUCUGCUCUCUUUGUUGGAGGUGUCUCCACCUGCUGAUGAUUGUGCUUUACUCUGCAGCAUACACAGAAGAGAUUCUGUUCUCUACCUAAUGCUUCCACUUUGUCCCCUAUUACCUUCUAUGUUGCAGCAUAUAUGGAUAGUGAUUUCUCACUACUUUUCUUGUAUUCUUGAUCAUAUUACACUUACUUUUCUCUAAUUAUUCUAUUUGCAGCAUAUUUUGGUCUUCAUUUUUAGAAUAUAUACCUGCAUAGCAUGUGUCGAGGGACCGGUGACCUCACGGGUUCUUAAGUCCUUUAAGAAUAGGCUAUAUUUGUAUGCACACCAUUGUUUUUACUUUCCUCACUGGGUGGAGCUUUUAGACAGGACCAUUAAAGCUUCUAAAAUUCAUUUUGAAUGUGGAAGUGCCCUUAGAACUGUUUUUACUGUUUUUGCAGCAGUUUUAGUUGUUUUGCAGUGUUUGCCUCUGUCUUAUAAAUCAGUAGCUGAGGGACAGAUUUGAUAGCAAGGCUAUAUGGUGGUAUUCUACAUCUAUUUAUGUAUUAAAAUGUUAAAUGGCCAUAACACAUACAAAACAAAAAUGGAAUGACUCAGUCUAAAUGCGGGUUGACAAAUACAGUUAUAUUAGAGACAUAAUGCCUAUCUCUGAUCCCUUAAUACCUGCUUAUUCUUGGGGAGAGAUCCAAAUUGGAUUUAUAUUUCGCAGCCCAAGCAGACUGUCAGAUCUGUCCAUGCAAAUCCCUCCCAAAACAUUUUUGUUGUUGUUGUUAGUGGUACAUUUUAGAACUAUUUAGAUCAAGAAAAGCCUUUUUAUCUUGCUAAAGGAGUACAGGGGUCAGUUUGGAUUAUGAGACAGGCUGUGGGGGUUUUGUGGAGAGAGGAGUAUUCCUGUUUUAAAGUAGUUACUGGAUUGUCUUAUUUUGUACUUUAAGCACUUGGUUCAGUGGUGCUUGGGAGUUAGUGGAAGAGGCCUCAGCACUGGGAGGGCCUGUAAUCUUGAACUGAAAAGUAGUCACUUGUCUAUCUAGGACUUGUAAGCAUGUUCAAGGCAAAGGUGCUCACCUUCUUGUGACAGUGUGCAGAUAAAUUUCAGUUUUGGGAACCUUGUAACCUAACUUGCAGGCAGUUUCAGUGACAAGGAGUGGUCUCCCUAAAAGAGCAUUUGUGCAACUCAGAGGCUUUUAUCUCAGGAAGGAUCUUCCAAAACUUCAUUUGAGUCUAUUCAGCAGACUCACUCCUGUUACUGAGCAUUUAGUUGAAAUUUUAAAUGGUGGUCUUUUGUGUUCCCCUUUUUUAAAGCAAUUCUGAUAUUGCAAGAUAUAUUCCGAGGAUUGUUUGGAGUAGUUCUUUUCUGUAAUCUAAGGACAGUUUUAAAACUUUUAUGAGAGGUGUUUUGAGGUGUUAGGGAAUUAAUGGCCUUUGUCUCGCUCUUGGGAGAGACACCAGACUUGACAUGAUUUUUCUCUGGGGGCACUGUGAGAUAAAUUAUCAUCAGAUUUUCCUAUUGAGGUCAGUAGCGCUGUUCAUCUGAUUAAGCCCUUAGUUAGGCUGUAAGCUCCCUAGGAAGUCUUACUUGCCUUUAAAUGUUGAACGUACCUGUGGCGCUACUGAAGUGCAACUGCAGCAGGCCUUGUCUUGAUAAACAGUGUUUCCUGACUGGGCAACUUCCACAAAGUGAGGGGAGACUCAAAUUCUUGCAGCUACCUUCUCUUCAGUAUUUCUGUGUUAGACUCCAUUUGUAGGCCAGUCAGGCUCUUGACCAAAUUUGAUUCUUGUGACUGGCAGAUGAGCUAAAUGAAUCACAUGUCAUGUUCCAUCUUGUUACUCCAGUGUUUAUCUAAAUUCAUUGUCAUACUUCAGUAGCUUGAUUCAGAUUUGAAUAUUUGCAGCAUUCUUAGACAAAUGAAGUAGGUGCAUUGUUUUGCAGUGCUCACUUGUAUUCCACUUCUUGUCCACCUGGACUCUCCAGUUUUUUCCAGAUCUGUCUUCCUCUCCAGUUGAUCUUCAGCCAGUGUCUUACACAGGGCUAGUCUGUCCCAAAUGCAAGAAUCUGCCUUCGGUGAAAUUCAGGAGGUUUUUGUCUGCUUACUCAUUCAGACUGUCAAGGUCCUUCUGGGUGGUACCCCCCACCCUCUCGUAUGUCAGCAACUCCCUCCAGUAUGCUAGCUUUUCUGUUAUUGUUGAGAGUAUGUUCUGUCACUUUCUCUGCAUCACUCAUGAAAACACUGAAUAGCAUUGAUCCUAGCAUUGUCUUCUGAGGCACACUUUUCAUAACUUGCCACCAAGUGUAGACUUCAAACCAUUGAUCAUUCUUUGAGCCUGACAGGUCAAGCAGUUUCUCACUGACUUUCUUACUGGGCUGCACCCAGAGCUCCCCAGUAUGGCUUAUAAGGAUGCUGUGAGAAACUGCAUCAAGAGGUUUGCUGAAGUCAGUGUAAGCAGCAUCCAUUGCUCUCCACUCAGUCUCAAAGCCUGGCAUUUCAUUCUAGAAAGCAGUCAGAUUCAUACGUCAUUAAAUGCCUUUCCUAGCCACCUUCUUGUCCUUUGAAUGUUUGAAAAUGGCUUGCAGCAUUUACUCUAUAAACUUAGGACGGACAGAGGUAAGGCUGACUCGCCUAUCAUUCCCACGUCCUCCUCAUUGCAUUUUUAGAAAGUGGCAUGACAUAUUCUCCUUCUUGCCUCUGUCACUGGGGACAUCAUGCAAUUGCUGCAGGUUUGUGAAGUGAUGAAGACCAGCUCAUAAUGACGUUCUUAUGCAAAGAGGGCUUUAUUUAUGUGCAAGAAGGUGUACGUGUAGUGGAAGAGAAAGCCAGAGCUGGGAGGAGAACAUUUAGUAGUUAUUUUUUGCACAUUUCUUGUAGCUCCAGUAAGCUUUAGUGAGGCUUAAGUUCCAGGUUGGUAGAUACCGGAGGGGUGCAAAGAAUGGAUUUAGGAUUUUAAGGUGAAGUAUAAUAAAGAGUGAAGAAGGCAGCAAAACAGUAGUCAGAAAGAAACUCAGAAGAGGCUGGGACUAGUGCUACUGAGUGAUAGAUUAGCUUCAUGAUUGUACUAUGCAGAGGUGUGUCUUGCCAGCAUUCCUGAAUAAUGAUAUUGAGAUGCUUAGUGCUGCCCUUCAAACUGUAGAAGCUCGCUCUGUUACUUUGUGGAUGUUGCAGACAGCUGCUCAGUGGGCAGAGAAUGCAAAGGAAGUUGGUGAAGAGCAGUUGUUGAGUUAUCUUUUUUAUUGUAAUUGCCCUCUGCACUGAAGAAAGAAGAUGCUACAAUGUAUGUGCCUGGAAAUUGAGAAGGAAUUGUGUCAAACGGAUAAGAACUUCGUUUUGUUGUCUUCAGGAACAGUUUCUUAGCCAGAAAACGUUUCAGUGAAGCAAAAGUGAAGCCUGUGCGUGUCACUUAUUCAGAAAAUGUGUUUUAAUAGCCAUUUAUAGGAGACUGUCAAGGGAGGACAAACUUCUGUUCUCACUGUGAUACUAUGUUAUUGUAUCUUUGUCUCCUGUAUUCUACUCCUGUCUGUGUUUGCAUUGAGGCAUUCUGGUUUUGUACUAUAAAAUACGGGAAAAAUACAAUGAUGCCUGCAAACAGUAAUCAGAAAAAGUAAUGCUGACCCCUGCAUGUGCGACCCAGUAUAUUCAUUGUCUUAAAGCAGAGCUGCCAGUGUUAUAAGGAUGAUCAGGGUUUUGCAAAGUUGUUCUAACUGUAAUCUCUGAAGAAAAUGGGAUGAACAAUUUAAGAGAAGCAGCACUAGGUCAGGUCAAAGGUCUGUCUAGCUUGGUAUGCUGUUUCUCAGAGUGGCCAAGUUUGGAUGUAGAGAGGUUACUUAAGAACAAAUGAGUUGUAUGGUGAUACCUCCCUUUUACAUUCUGUUAGUCCCAGUGUCUGGUCUCAAAAAGACUUAAAAACUUGCUUCAAGACUGGUGAAAACUUUUGCGAACCUUUUAGCAAUAGUACUUUUCCUGCAGCUGGGUUUAAUUAUAUUUUUAGAAGGAUAUGUAAUCUGACUUCAGAAACUUCAAGGAUUAGCUCAUCUUCCUUGGUAGUCAUUUUUUUUAUUAAUUGCCCCCUCAGUUAGGAAAUUGCAUCUUUUCUUGGAAUAGUUCUUUUCCUAAGUGUCAGCAUCCUGAUGCUUUUUCUUGCUAUGCUUUUUUUCCAGCAAGGUUGAAAAGUCCUAUUCUUCCUUUACAACUAACUUCUUUGUCUUGUGCAACUCUCUGAAGACAGUCAACAAGUGCUUGUAAUCUAUUAACCCAUGUAAGUCAUUUUUCAUAUACUUCACAGUAUAAAACUUGUCAUUCAGCCUUUUAGUUCCUUUCCUCCAUGAACAUCUCCAGUGAUCCACUUUCAUCUGCACUGAGUUCUAGUGUAUUCUUUACAUAAGCAGGAAAUCUUGUUUUCUUGUUGCUGUUCAUGCUUCAUACAUUCAUAUAGCCAAAUAUCAUAGUCCUUGCUGCCCACACAGUGCCAUAACUGCAAAAAUGUCAUAUUCAGGCAGCUGACCCUGAAUCUGAAGUUCUUAUGGCUGCUUUUCAACACAUGGGCUCCUAAAAUUAAUAAUAAUCUUUUUUUUUAAUUCCAAAAUGCAUUGUGUUUUCUUUAACUGUAUUACAGUGCAAUGUUGGACUAAAAGUUCUUAUAAUUCAGAGUACUUUGGAGUUUAGUCUGUUUGGUUUGCCUCUGUGAUGGCUGGUAACUCACUAUCAUACUAAAAGAGCAAGGUGGUAGGUUUCUCCUCAUGGAAGAACCCUGCUCCACUCAUCUGAGAGAAGAUGGUGUGUCUGCAGGAAACAAUUUUUUGGGAAUAUAUUCUAUAAUGUUAGGGAGCAGUGACCUUGUAGAGAGAGUGCAACUUCAAAAUACAUUACACUAUCUUAUUUCCAAAAUACAUGUAAUAUUCCAAUGAUAGCAUAGUGCCACAUUUGAAUUGUUGCUUACAUGAUGUUUAAGGGCCCUUCCAGCCCAUACCAUUCUAUGAUUAUAUGAGCCGCAUCUCAAGUCUUGGACGUAACGUUAAUGUCUCAUGCUGGCAUUUUUUUGUUGUUGACCAGAAUGAUAUGUGAGAGUGCAGUAAAUUGAGACUGCUGUGGCCUGACCUGAGCCCCUAUGCACUGAUGAAGCCUUUGAAUUUUCUUUCAAGUCUGGCAACAGCCAAAGCACCAUCAGUUUCAUUUUAGCUUCCUUCUGUCCUAGACAGCUUACUCAGAGGUAGUUCACAAACAGCUGUACUCUUCAAAACUAUUAAAGAACCACAUAGUAUAUGUCAUAAUUGUUUUAUGUGGUCAAAAGUUUUAACUGUUUAUUAAGUAUCGGAUUCUGGAUUCUUAGGAGUCUAUUUUGGGGGUAAUGUAAAUAAGAUUCUUGUUUGUAUUCUUUUGUCUUAAACAUGUAUUAUCUGAAAAAGGGCCUUGCAGAAUCUCUGUUCUGAUUAUAGAAACUGGAAAUAAAUCAAUAUAUGAAACAGUUGUAUCUGAUACAAAGUGAGUUGAGAGUGGGAGAAGGUUUGGUGACAUCCAAUUUACAGAUUUACAUAAUUGGAAUGUCCAUAAUCUUUAUGCUUCCUCAUCUGUUUCCUUAAAUACCUUAUAUGUAAACUGCAACCUGAGAGUCUGUAGGAAUUAAUUAUGCUUCUUUUCAUUUGAAUUGCAAGCUUGGGUGAAGGAUUUGAGGUAACUCAUCAUGUCCAUUCUUCGUUCAGUAAUUUUUGUUUGUUUCCUAGUUUGUCAUGAUGUCACGUCUAGGCAAUUGUGAUGCUCCCUGUUUGGACUUUGAAAUGAUUCCAGAGUUUCUUAAGUAUCCUUUCACUUCCAAGUCACCACUUUGGAUUAGCCGAGUCCCCCCAAAAAAUUUCAUUUAAAUGAGUGGGUCAGUCUCAAUUGGUAUUUUAAUGGAUAUAUAUUCAUUUUGCCAAAACUAGCAUCCUUUUAAGAUGGAUUUACAUCAUUAUAUUUAUAUAUCAUUAUAAUUACUAUUAUUUACAUCAUUAUAUUUUACCAUGUAGAAGCAGCUUCAAAGAUCAAAUUAGCAAUGGACUUUGAAUUUUCUCUUGCAUGCAUUUGUUUCCCUAAAUUGAUAGCUCUGCAUGCUUGUGGGAAGAAUGAAACGGAGCUCCUUCUACAUUAACUGUUCCCAGGAACCCAAGCUCAUUGGACGCUUUUAAAACAAUGGUCAAGAUCCUUUGGAAGCCGCUUCAAGUUCUUAAUCUUAUAUGUGGAUUGUUGUUGUUUGUUUGGUUUGUAUUCCAGUUUUCAAAGCUGAUGAUUUUCCCCUCUCACCUGCAAGCUGCACGUGUGAGAACUGAAGUGUUUCUGGUGAAAUAUGCUGAUUUUUGUUGGGAGGAAGAAGAGAGCUCUUAAGAAUAGAAUCUCUUAUGGGAAGUGCCCCAAUUCAGCAAACAUGAUCAGCUAUGGGUAAUAAUCAAAACACAGUCAGAUAUUCAGUUAGUUAAGAGCUGCUUCAGUCUUCCACCUACCUGCAUUUGUUUCUUAAUAAAGCUUUUCAUUUGAUAA